CAUACUCCCUAGCCCCUCACGCAUCUUACUUCAUUCACUCACUCACAAUUCCCCCUCCAUACCCAUAUAACAGAAUACUCCUGCUGCUGCUUCUGUUGCUCUCUCCUCGUCCUCCUCCUAGCAUCCCCCCCUCAAUGGAAGUCGCCUCUUGGACCUAGAGCCCUUGACUCCCAAGCUUGCAACAUUAAAGCUGAAGGGAAUUCCCUUGCUCAUUAAUAGCCAUGGGGAAAGGAGAAUUGGGAUUCAAACGUGACAGGGAAUGCCAGUCGUAACUUCUCCAUCACACUGUAGUUCAAUUUCUCCGCCUUCUACUUCACCUUCUGCUGUUGCUUCUGUUACCUCCCUGCCUCUCGGGGUUCACUGCCUGGCUCAUGGUUUUGAACCUUGGCCAGAACUUGUAUGAGCUGGUAGUGCUUGUGGGUUGCUCCGUUGCGGGGCAACUGAAGCUUGUCUGUGUGAAGGGUACUUUUUCUUUGUGAGUACCGUGGUCAACAAUACGCGCUUGCGCUUUUUCGUGUUCUUGCUGAGAGGGUAUGGGAUCCAUGUGUGCCCGAUGGCCACUUGCACAAGUUUCGAGGUUGCGACGGACGGAAGGGGCGGUGGUAACAAUCCGUGGGAUGGCCAGGACAGAGAAGGAGGCAAUGGGCGGGGAUGGCGCCACUACUACGCUCUAGGAUUGAUUAUCCGUACGCGCUCCCUCCACGGGCAGUUAAAAUCUAUGACAUACACGGUGACCUGUGCUGGUUCUAGGGUUUCUUCUUCUUCUUCGAGUAAUCUUUGUGGUUGCUCGAAUUUCUUGGCGCAGGAAGAAACAUCGGCUAUUGUGUAAGGGAGUGAAUACCUCUGGGUUCAGUAUAUGGCGUGAUUGAUUGAUUGAUUGAUAUUUAGUGAAUUCGCCAUCGCAUCGCGGUCUCGGAGGGAGGUAGACGAAAUGAAUAACUGCAGUGUUAGGGCGCGAGGAGGUUUGUCGUUAUUUGGAGUUUUGGUGGUUGUGUAGUGAAGAGUGGAAUGAAUGCGGAGGGAGAGACAAGAAUGGGUAGGGUGCGGAAGUAGAGUGCAGAGGAGAGUUGGUUGUGUGAGGAGGGUGGGGACGGAGGAACGUUUAUGGCCAGUCACGAGGAGAUCGAUUUGUCGGCCAAGGCGUUGCACAAGCGCUAUGAGGGGCUCGUGACUGUGCGCAGCAAGGCUAUUAAGGGCAAAGGCGCGUGGUAUUGGGCCCAUUUGUUGCCCUUGUUGGUGCAACAUCCCGACACGGGGUUGCCCAAGGCUGUCAAGCUACGAUGCUCUUUGUGCAAUGCCAUGUUCUCUGCUUCUAAUCCCUCGCGCACCGCUUCGGAGCAUCUGAAGCGGGGCACUUGUCCCAAUUUCAAUGGGAUGGUGUCGAAGCCUCUAGUCUCCCAAGGACCCGGACCCAAACCAGCUUCGCCACCCUCUGUUACCCCGAGAAAGAGAACUGCUGCGUCCUCAUUGGGUCCGCAAUCGAUCUCGGGUGGCGAUGGUUCGGGUAUGGAGCUUGCGCGUGCUGGCACACCGGGUACGCCCUUAAUGCUGUCGGGGGGAAAGCAGGAUCUCGACGCGCUGGCAUUGCUUGAGGAUAGUGUGAGGAAGCUGAAGAGCCCGGGGAUGAGGAUGGGAGAGUUCCAGGGCAGCGGAUUACCAAACAAAGCUCAGGCCGACGCAGCCCUCAAUCUCCUGGCUGAAUGGCUGUAUGAGUCUUGCGGCACCGUCUCGUUUUCUUGUGUGGAGCAUCCGAAGUUCAAAGCAUUUCUCAAUCAACUGGGUCUACCUCCAGUGAGCCGGCGGUACCUGGCAGGUGCUAAGUUGGAUGCAAAGUUUGAAGAAGUGAAGCAAGAGUCGGAACUGAAGCUUCGAGAGGCCUUGUUUUUCCAACUUGCUUCCGACGGAUGGAAGGAGAAAGCGACCGGCAUGGGAGAGACGCUUAUCAACAUUACGCUCAACCUCCCCAACGGCAAUUCCCUGUUUCGUAGCGUAGUCAAUGUAAACACCGGUGCGGUCUCUGGCAAGCUCGUUGAGGAGACGUUAGCGGAGGCUAUUUCCUCAAUAUGUGGUCCCUCGCCAGAGCGUUGCGUUGGAAUAGUUGCAGACGCUGACAGAUACAGCCUGAAUGCGUUGGAAGAAUUAGAGUAUCGAUUUCCAAGGAUGGUUAAUCUGUGCUGCCAGGCUCAGGGCUUCAGCAAUUUGUUCAAGGACUUCAACAAGCACCUGCUGCUCUUUAGGUCUGUCGGAACUGAGUGUGCCAAGAUCUCUGCUUUCUUCAACAACCAGCCUCAAGCCCGUUUGUACUUGCACAAGUAUCAGCGCGAGGAAUACAAUGGCGUGAAAUUGCUCCGUACUCCACCGGACCCGCAGUUUGCGGAACCACAUUAUUCAUUCUUGUUGGUAAUGCUCGACGACAUAACGGCAUCUGCACGAGCGCUGCAGCACAGCGUGCUCGAUGAGUCGUUUAAUCCUCACUUCUCUGAUAACCAGCUCGCGGAUGAAGUGGCAGAGCUUGUGGGAAGUGUUCGGUUUUGGUCUGAUUUGGAAGCAGUGCAAGACUUAGUGAAGAUUGUUAAGGGUAUUGUUAACGAUAUCGAAGUUGAUAGACCCCUUGUGAGCCAGUGUUUACCGCUUUGGGAUGAGCUCCGAGCGAAGGUAAAGGAUUGGUGUGCUCGCCAUGACAAGGAUGGAGCCUCCGUUUAUGAAAUUAUUGAAACUCGCUUUGGCAAAAAUUACCACCCAGCAUGGUCAGCAGCGCUCAUCCUUGACCCGCUUUACCUGCUCCGCGACUCGAGUGGCAAGUAUCUGCCUCCCUUCAGAUGCCUGACUUCCGAACAAGAGAAAGACGUCGAUCGCUUGAUAACGCGACUUGUUGCAAAAGAAGAGGCUCACAUUGCUUUAAUGGAGUUAAUGAAAUGGCGUGCAGAAGGGCUGGAUCCACUGUAUGCCCAGGCUGUGCAACUUAAACAGCGGGAUCCAUUAACAGGUCGCAUGAAAGCUGUAAAUCCCCAGAGCCGGCGUCUUGUUUGGGAGACUUGUCUUAGUGAAUACAAGUCAUUAGGCAAAGUGGCUGUUCGGCUGCUCUUCCUCCAUGCUACCAGCUGUGGGCUUAAGUGUAAUUGGUCGAUGUGGCGAUGGGCUUAUCGAAAUGGAAACUCCCGACUCGCAAUUGAGAAAGCAGAGAAGAUGAUAUUUAUUGCGUCACAUGCCAAGUUGGAACGCAGGGAUUUCACUAACGAAGAAGAGAGAGACGCAGAGCUCUUUCUGAAUAGCAACGAUGGCAGCGAUGAGAUGCCGCCAGAUGAGGUUUUCCUGAAUGCAUCGACUUUGUAAUAUUAUGCCUAUCAUUUUUCUACUGUUGCGGACAGCACACGUAGCCACAGAUCUUAGAGUAGGCGUUGAGCCAAUUUUUCGUGUUCCUGUGCUCAUGUGUACAUUUUGAGGUGUUUUUUAACUUCUGAAUUGGGAGGGAAGGUUAUUUUAAGAGUAGUUGAUAGAAAGGCUCAGAACGAUGCUGGACCCCGUGUCAAUGGGUUCGAUUGUUGGUUGAUUUUGGAAGCACGCUGGGAGUGAUACCAUGGAGUUGUUUCUCUCUAUUGGGGGAAGCCUUCGCUCCUGCGGCUUAGUAACGAUAUAACACGGUGUAGGGUUCUCUGUUCCGGAAGAUUGAUUGCUAAUGGGCCACUCAGUAACAGAUUGGUUAAAUUUUUUGUUCCAUGGUAUUGCCAAUGUCAGGUACAGUAAAUGUUUCCCAUUAGUGGGGUGGUUGCAAGCCAUCAGAUACUUGCUGUGCAUUACACAGAUGAUUCAUCAAUCAUAGAGACAUUCUUGUGGCAUUUCCACUUUGUACA